ACUCGGCUUCCGGUUCCGGUGGCCCUGGGUCAGUCAGCUUUUGUGCUACGUGUCGGCGGCGUGUGAGGUGUUGGCUGACAGGCAUCAUGGAUCAGGUAAUGCAGUUCGUGGAGCCCAGUCGGCAGUUCGUGAAGGACUCAAUCCGGCUGGUGAAACGGUGCACCAAACCUGACAGAAAAGAAUUCCAGAAGAUUGCCAUGGCAACAGCAAUAGGAUUUGCUAUAAUGGGAUUCAUUGGCUUUUUUGUGAAAUUGAUCCAUAUCCCUAUUAAUAACAUCAUUGUGUAA